AUGGACGUACUCACUUCUCUACAUGACCAGGGGAUCCAGAUUGGAGUGGCAUCACGCACAGGGGAGGUGGAUGGAGCCAAUCAGCUGUUGUCCCUCUUCAAUCUCAACCAAUACAUAUCCUUCAAGGAAAUAUACCCAUGGUCAAAGGUCCCUUACUUCAAAAAGUGGGAGAGGGCAGUGUGGAGUCCAAUACAAAUUGCCUUAUCUGUGGAUCUGUUCGGGGCGGUGUGUGAAUUGGAGUGGGUCCAGGGCUCCAGGCAGACAGUGGAUUCAAGUUUCAGUGAGAUGACUUUCUUUGAUGCUGAACAUAGGAACAUCAAAGACAUCAUUCGACUAGCUUGA